AUGGAGCGCUUCACCCAAGAAGCCUUUGAACAGCGGUCUUUCCAGUACGGCGAGCUGCUCGUACUCGACGAUGUACUGUCGCUGCACGCGUCCAAGUCGCCCUCGCCGGUGCUCUUUGCCUACCCGCGCGAGGACCGCAGCGGCGGGUACUUUGAGACGUUCACGGCGGCCCAGCUCGACGGCUACGUGGACGCGGCUGUGCAGCACCUCAUCCAGUCUGGCCACGAACCUAAACUCGGCCGUGUCGUGGGCCUCAUCGGAAACGCCAACCUUGAAUGGGUCGUGAACCUGUUUGCGCUCUCCCGCCUCGGGUAUACCGUCGCCAUGAUGUCGCUAGUGCAGAAAGCCGUCGGCCUCGUGAGCCUGCUGGGCUCUGCCGGCGCCGACGCUAUCAUCUACGACACCGAACCUGGCACCAGCAAGCUCGUCGCCGGCAUCACCGCCCUCCAACCUCGCACCGUCACGACGAUUCCCUUUGUGCCGCGUGCCGUCUUCUCCCAGCCUGUCACCGCCAGAGCCCCGCGCUUCUUUUCCCGGCAGGAGCAGACGGACACGACGGCGCUGCUCUUUUCCACCUCGGGCUCGACCGGCCUGCCGCGGCCGAUCCCGUACCGGCACGCGCACAUAUCGCUGUCGACGUUUACCUGCGCGACCGAGGCGCGCAGCACGCUGCUCUCGUGGCCGUUGUCGCACGGCUGGGGGCUCAGCAUCCUCCUGGGCACGCUGUACCUCGGGGCCACGUGCCAUCUCAUGGACACACGGUCGGCGCUGACGGCGGACAGCUUUAUUGAGGCGCUGGAAGCGGCGCGCCCGGGGUUCUUGCCGUCGGUGCCGCAUAAUGUGGCGCUCAUUGCGCAUGAUCCGCGCGGGCUGGCGUGUCUCCGCGCGGCGGCGUACGUGACGACGGGUGGCGCGCGGCUGCCAGACGAGCUGGGAACAUAUCUACACGAACAAGGGGUCAAUAUCAGCUCGAGUAUGGGCAGCUCCGAGGCGACGCGCAACUUUGCCACGUCCAUGUACCGGCCGCCCGGCGACCCGGCGUGGGACUACCUCGAGUUCCCGCCCAUCCUGCGGCGCCACAUCCUGCUCGACCCCGUGCCGGCCAACCCGCCGCUGCACGAAGUCGUGCUGCUCCCCGACUUUCCCGGCCUGAGCGCGACGGCGGUCAACGCGGACGACGGCAGCCGGCGCACGGGAGACAUCAUGCAGCCGCACGAUACCAAGCCGGAUGCGUGGAAGUUUAUGUGCCGCGAUGGGGAUUUCAUCGCGCUGAGUACGGCGGGAAAGGUACUGGGAGCGCCGUUGGAGGACCGCCUGCAGGCAAGUCCGCUGGUGGCGGCGGCGGUGGUGGUGGGUGUGGGACGGACGGUGCCGGGACUACUGGUGAUGCCUGCGGGGGAGGGCGAGGAGGCGGAGGAGGGGUUCUUGGAGGCGGUGUGGAAGCUGGUGGAAGAGGUGAAUGCCGUGGUGCCGGACUCGUGGGAGGUGGGGAGGGAUAAGAUUGGGGUGCUUCCGAGGACGACGAGGCUGCCGAGGACGGACAAGGGGAACAUCAUGAGGCAGAGGGUGUAUACGGACUUUGCGCGCGAGAUUGAUGCGCUGUAUGCCUAG